UAUAGUUAAUCAAUCAUCACUGUGUUUCAGGUUGCUUCGAAUUUGGAAAGAGUGGAGGAGAUCUUUCCUCAAUGGGACUGUUUGGAUGGACUGGGCGAACCAGCAGAUGUCCAAAGUCCAGUCUUUGGUUGGCUUGGGGGAGGGAGAGCAAGUGGCAAAAGAGUCACUCCCCAUUGAGACCAUGCUUUUUGACAACGACCACGGAUUCUUUGGAGCCUCGAAGACAGCGCGCAGCCCUCGUCCUCCGUACGUGUUUCUGCGGGUUGGAGAGGUGGUGAUGGAGAGGAAGGGCCACAUGGUUGGCGUGGUGGUGAGCUGGGACCCCGAGAUGCGAGCACCUCCAGAGUGGGUCGACAGAGUGUAUUCCAACUUUGAGGGCACCAAAGCAGAGAAUACGCCCCAUUAUAAAGUGCUGUUCAGCGGGCCUGGACCCUCCUCGGUGUUAGUCGGAUACUUGCCCCAGACACAACUGGAGCGCAUCACCGGGAUGAGGCCGGACAUUGCUACCUUGGAGAAUUACUUCACGCAUUUUGACGGGGAGCGGUUCGUCAUGCAGCCCUGGCUCAGAGAGAUCUUCCCCGAGGAUGCCAUGGAUGAAGCCACCUGACUGCUGAGCUGCGACGUGUUUUCUAUAGAAGUACUGACCUGGUAGUCCAUUGUAAAAUUGAAGAUUUAAACAGAUUGAGGAUAAUUUUCAGAUCCCUCCUUGCUGGAUCUCAAUGCGAGGGUGUCUUUUGCAGAUGUGGAGUAACACAGGGACUCACUUAAAAGUGAUUUAGCUCUGUUGUGCAUCUUGUAUUUCUUUAAGAUUUACAAGUAUACAGUAUUUUAAUUUCAUGUGCCAAAAAAUAGAUAGAGAAAACAGAUUUUUAAAAAUGUAAUUUAAUGCCUGCCUGAUUUUUAAAGACAGAUUUGAGGCUGGAGUUCAGUUAGAUGCAGAAAAUGCUUGAAAUCUGUCAUUUUCCCAUGUAGUUUUUGUGUUGGCUGAGGAAGAAAAAAAACCUUGAAAAACUGCACUUUUAUUCAGCCUUUACAACUAAGCAAUAAAAAUCCUUCAAACUGU